AUCUAUUCACUCAUCACCUAUCUCUUUCAUUUUCCAAUUCACAAAACUCUUCUGCAACCAUUAUGGCGAGCUCACGACUAGCGAGAUUCAUAACGGAGGUUGCGCCACCGCAGUUUGUCACGGUGAUGCGGCGAAGAACGGCGAAGGUUCUCGACACGAUCAAGGAGGAAGAAAGAGAAGUUGGGACCGAUCAUUCCAUAUUUUCUUCUUCUUUGACUUCCAAAAUCUCACCGUUUACUUCACCUUGUCCUUCUUCUUCCUCCUCCUCUUCUGUUUCGGCUUCAGCUUCGUCACGUGCGGGUUCGACUAGUUUUCCGGUGACGGAAAAUAGAAGCUCUUUUUCGGUUUUCAAGAACUGAAUAAAUUUCAUCGUAUCAUGAGCCUUUUAGAUGUGUAUGUUUGUAUGCUUUUGUUGUCGUCAGACUCUGACGUGUGUGUGUGUGUGCCUCUAGAAUUUGAUUUCCCGGUAAGCUCCGGUGAUUCGGAUGAUCGGAGUGUUUUUUCCUUAACGGGUUUGUCAAACCCAGAUCAGCAUCCGAAUCAGGUUGACCCGAUUCUGUAUAAUCGUGUAAUCGAUAUGUGGAAGGGACUUUGUUCAACGUCGUUUUCAGUGUGUUGUUUAAUGAAA